AUUGGGAAAUCAUGAUACAAAAUUAGAGCCGUCCAAAUUCCACCAUCAUUUUUCAAUUCCAUCACACAUUUCAAUAUUUCAUCCUAACAUUACAUUCCAACUUCACUCCAGUCAUCUACAUUCCCACACUCACAAUUUAGCCACAGAAAACCCAACAAACAAAGAAAGAGAAAAAUGCCUAGAACUGGCAUUGCCAAAGUUAACGUUGUUGUUGACACUGGUAACCCUUUGUUGGACCGUACUGUUGAUGGCUUCUUCAAAAUUGGCACUGUUGCAGCCACCAGAGCAGCUGCUGAAGAUGUAUACCACAUUGCUAAGAAAGGAAGUCUUUCAACUAAGAAUGUUGAGGAAUCACUGAAAAAGAUGUGCAAAGAAGGAGCAUACUGGGGAACCAUAGCCGGUGUCUAUACUGGGUUGGAGUAUGGAGUAGCAAGGGUCCGUGGUACCAAUGACUGGAAAAAUGCGAUGAUUGGGGGUGCUCUGACUGGGGCUCUGGUAUCUGUAGUGACCAAGGGUAGCAAUGACAAAAUUGUGAUGGAUACUCUUACAGGAGCUGCAGUCGCCACUGCUGCGGAGUUCAUCAGCUAUGUCCGUUAUUAAGACAGUCCAAAUCUCUUGUGUAUAUUGGGAAGAUAACUUCAUGCUUCAAUUCUUCCUUUCGAGGUUUCCAAAAUAAGUAAACACUGAUGACUAGCACAGUUGGAAUGUGUCAAUGAAAAUUUUCGUCCUAUGGAAUGUUAAUUACUGUCUGGUCA